AUGUCCAACGUCUUCUUUGACAUCACCAAGAACGGCGAGCCUCUUGGCCGCAUCGUCUUCAAGCUCUACGACGACGUCGUCCCCAAGACGGCUACCAACUUCCGUGAGCUCUGCACUGGCUCCAAGGGCUUCGGUUACGAGGGCUCCUCGUUCCACCGCGUCAUCCCCCAGUUCAUGCUCCAGGGUGGUGACUUCACUGCCGGUAACGGUACUGGUGGCAAGUCAAUCUACGGCAACAAGUUCGAGGAUGAGAACUUCAAGAUCGCUCACACUAAGCCCGGACUUCUCUCCAUGGCCAACGCCGGACCCAACACUAACGGCUCGCAGUUCUUCAUUACCACCGUUGUCACCAGCUGGCUUGAUGGAAAGCACGUCGUCUUCGGUGAGGUCACCGAGGGAAUGGACAUUGUCAAGAAGAUCGAGGGUGAGGGAUCUGGCUCGGGCAAGACCAAGACCAAGAUCACCAUCGCCAAGUCGGGCACCGUCUAA